GAGGAAGUUCUCUGCGUUAAGUUACCAUAGCAUUUACGUUAUACUUCUGACCUCAGUUAUUUUGGUUGUUCACGGGUUUCUUUUCUCCACUGGGCUGUGAGCAUUUUUAGGGCAGAAACCUACUGUCCUUCACCUACCUUCACACCCCAGAACCUAACAAAAGCAAAGUGCUCGUCAUAGGAGCUCAAAAGUUUUGGAAGGAAGGAUAUUCAUGGAGAUGAUUGUUGCCUUUUAAAUAUUUGAUAUGCUUUUGGACUCGAUAUAGGCUGCUGUUAAUAUGUUAAUCCUGAUAACAGGUUUCUAACAUCACCAUGUUCGUUUCCUGACCAGCAAAAGAAGAAUGUUAACCUGUGCCACAGUGGCAAUUUAUAUGCAAGAAUCAAUAGUUCAAGUACCAGGAAGAAGUGUGGUUAGGAGGUUGGCAAUGUGAAUCCAAACUCCCUUCUCAAAGCACUUUGAAGGAAAGCGAGGGGUAGUCUUCUACGAUGAAGACACAGGUUUGGAGUAUCUCUUUUUGCCUGGAUUUGCUUAAAUAUAAAAAUAGGGGAUUGGAUUACAGCUCUUCUUCUCCUUUAAAUCUAAAAUUAGGUGAUUCCGGUGGUUCUACUUAACAGGUGUUUAAAUAUUGCAUAAAUUUUUCUCUGUGCUCAAAUUAGCAAUCAAAGCUACAAAGACUUGCUUUUUUACCAGUGCCUCGAAAACAUAUUCAGAAGUUCAUUUGACCCUGAAUAAUGGCUGUGCAAACACAUUAAGUGGUCAUUUCCACAACUGUUCUGUUUCUUUAAGAGACCUCACUUGUUAAGCUGGAAGAUCAUUGAACCAUAUGAGGGUCAAUAAAAGAAUAAAAAGUCACCGGUUGGUGAUUUCGGUACAAGGAACUUAAUCGUAGUUGAGUAUCUGUGUCCAUAUGCUGCUGGCCAUCAAAAGGGGAGUGUUUGAUCUUCAGCAGCUUGCCCUUCCUCAGGAUGGUUUCUGGAAAACUGAUCAAGCUCCUGGUUUUUGAGCUUUUCGAGUUUGCUGCUUUCUCCAUUCCCACGCUUGUGAUUGUGGAACAGUUUGCCACCACCUAUCAAACAACGACGGGGAGCCCUGAGAAAACACAUUAUUGGCUGAUUGUUUCCUGUUCGAUUGCCUAUGUGGCUUCAGUGACUCUGCUGAUUUGGGUUCCCAUAAAAGUUCUCUUAUACAGGAAGCAUGCCUUUUCCAAAAAAAUUAAAGGAUGGAGACCUGUUAUGAUGAUGUGUGUUAUACUCACCACACUUCCCAGCUUCAGCUUUUCUAUCGCAGGGACUGAGGUUCAAAAGAAUAUUAAUGGUUCUGCGGAUACCUUACCUGAUACCUUACCUGAUCUGCCAGUUUCUCUGGUUCUGACUUCCUUGAUUGUGGUGGAUAUUAUUGAAAAACUCAGGAUAUAUUCUCUUAGAAGGUGGCAAAAUUGUGAUGAAGUUAGAUAUGUCUAUACAACCACUUUGCACCAAGUAAAAACCGUGAUGGACCAAGUGAAGCAAAAGGAAGAAAAUACUUCGUCUCCGCAGCCAGCCAGGAGGACCGAGGCAUCACAGCCAUGGGGACAAAGCACACAGAGCCCCGCUCCAGCUCUGGGAGAACCCCAGGAGCCCUCCUUCCACUCGGGAAUCCUGGGAACCAUGUCCCAUCAGGACUACCGUGCCCAGAUCACCCUGUGGAGCUUUCUGCUGUGGUCUGACACCAUAGAAAUGGUGCGCGUGGCUGGCCACCCUGCUGUGUAUAAGUCAGGCUGGCUGUACCCAGUCUACAUAUUCAGUUUUAUUUCUCUCCUUCGGAUGAUAUUAACUCCUCAGAACCCUCUUCAGAAUUCCCUGGGCAUCUUUCUCCAAGACUUACCCUUUAUUUUUAUUAGACUUAGUUUAAUCAUUGCCCUGGGAACUAUCACACCCGUAUUGGGCCUUUGUAAAAACAUACUAGUGACUCUCUCUCAUGUUUACUUCAAUUACUUAUCCAAAUUCAGAGCUUUCUCUACCUUUGAAAUGUCUUCAUUUUAAAAAGAAAAUGGAAUAGGGCCCCCUGGGUGGCUCAGUUGGUUAAGCAUCUGACUUCGGCUCAGGUCAUGAUCUCAUAGCUCAUGGGUUUGAGCCCUGCGUUGGGCUCUGUGAUGACAGCUCAGAGGUAUAAAUUUUUGUCCUAUGGAAAGAAAUGAGGAAUACAUUGUAGAGAAUAAACUGUUUUUAAUAAGGGUAGCUUAUCGCUUUUUGAAAAGUAUAUUCAACUGAUGUUAAAUUUAAGCGACGUUUUAUUCUUAUAAGUUAACUCACCUGGAUCUCUAGAAAAUGUUAGUAAUUUUAGUUAGUUAUGUAUACUGCACUUUUUCUAAAAACAGUCUUCAUUAAAGCCUUAAAAAAAUUAGAACAUGUUUUCCCACUAAGUCCAAGAAUGAUAUUUUUAUCAUUUAUAUAAAUUAAAGAGCUUUGCAAGAAUGAAUUAGAUAGAACUAUUUUUUUUAGAAAAUAUACCUGAUGUUAUUAAAUAAGUUUUAGAUUAUACUUGAAAAAAUUUGAACGGUAGAGGCACCUGGAUGACUUUAGUUGGUUAAGCGUCCAACUCUUGGUUUCGGCUCAGGUCAUGAUCUCACAGUUCAUGAUCUCCAGUCCCGUAUUGGGUUCUAUGUUGCCGGUGCAGAGCCUGCUUGGGAUUUUCUCUCUCUCUCUCUCUCCCUCCUUCUCUCCCCCUCCCCUGCUCGCCCUCCCUGUCUCUCUCAAAAUAAAUAAAUAGGCAUUUUUAAAGAGAUAUAAAACAUUUAUUAAAAAAUGUUUUUGAUCUGUAGUUUUAAGGUCUCCUUCAAACAUGGAACUAUGUUCUUUAAUCCGCUGUGGCAAGCGACUUUUAUGUAAUUGACUGAUUUCAGCAUAAACAGCAACUCAGUUUAACAGAUGUUUGGUUCAGUUUAAGGCAUAGCCCUUUGCUCAUACUGAAGUACUAAUAUACAUAUUGUUAAAUGUAAUGAAGUCUAGGUACAUCAGUAACACCUAAAGUUUUAUCAUAGAAAGAGGCCAUAAAUUGAAGGUGUGGAUUUCAAAGAAUAUUUUAUUUGUGGAAUUUCAUACCAUCAUAAAAAUAGUCACAAGCCCUGUUUAAAAAUUUUUUAAUGUUUAUUUAUUUUGGAGAGAGAGACACAGCAUGAAUGGGGGAGGGGCAGAGAGAGAGAGAGAGAGAGAGAGAGAGAGAGACAAGAAUCUGAAGUAGGCCCUAAGCUCUGAGCCGUCAGCACGGAGCAUAAUGUGGGGCUGGAAUCACAAAGGGCGAGAUCAUGACCUGAGCUGAAGUCCCACACUUAACCAACUGAGCCACCCAGGUGCCCCACAACCCUGUUCAAAAUUAGAAGUUCAGGUUAUGAACACAACAGCAAAUGCAUCUGUGCUGUAUGUGAUAAUAUAUACUGAAUGCCUUGAUGUGAAGUAAUCAGACGCAUAAUUAUAUCAUUUGUCUUCACGACCUGGUGACACUUGUGGAUAUUCAGCUCCCAGAACGAUUUGAAAGGCUUAUGUGUGCAGAGUAAUGUGUCAAACUAGCCAGUCUCUUCAAUGAUCUGUGGCAACAAAUACGGUAAGAAUGGAUAACAGAACUUGCAUGCUAGCCCUUGUCUCCGUCAAAGUCCCCAAUCUCGCAGAUCCCCUAUGCUUUAUGGGUUUUCUUCCCACUAUAAGAGGUCUGUUUAUGCUUCUUUAAAAGCUUAGCUUCUGGCUUUAUGGCUUUGGGUAAGUUCUUUGACCACUGUAAACCCUAGUUUCCACAUCUAAAACCAGAGCAUAAUAAUCUUACCUUAAUAGGUUAGAAUUGUACUUUAAUAGGUUGACGAGGAUUACAUGAGAUAGGAAAUGCUGUCAUCCUAUUGUCUGGCAAACAAUAAUAACUUGAUAAACUAAGUAUUUCAAAUGUGCCACAUUAACCAUUUUAUUUAUGAAAAAUAAUAUGUAAAAUCUCAAGGUCACCUUAGGUUAUAAUUUUUCACCAAGUAGCAUGAGGUCCAAAAAUGAGCAAUCUACUGAAUAUACAGAUUAAAGUUGAUAUGAGUAUUCACUCGUCAGGCAUUUGAUUGUCCCUCCUGAGUUCUUAUAGUGCUAAUUAUAGUGCUCUAUUAAGACUUUAUUUGAGGGUUUACUUUUCUGAGUUCCCCAUUAAUGCUUAAAUUCCUUAAAGGAAGUCCUGAUGGUGUCUUGUGGGUUUCCCUCUUCAUCUGUCAAUCCAACAGGCACUUAUGAUACUUAGAACUCUAAAAAAUUGAGAAUUCAAAUAAUCUCUUUCAAAUUAUGCCAUGAUAAUCUUUUUUAAUUAAGAAAAACGUGUAGGUGAAGUAGUUGAUUCGUAAUUUUCUUAAAUCUGAAAACAUUUGACAUACAUUUGUAUUUAUCUUUAUAUUGGAAUUUAUAGAGUGACCAGUGGUCAGACAAACUCUAAAGUAUUACUUACUGGAAUUUAGAAUGUGUUUUGUGUUUAAUAGUUGAAUAUGGAUAUACCUGGCCUACUGGGAAGUCACAACACUUUAUACAAACAGUAAAGAGAUGUACAUGUAGAGGAAAAUUAUUGAGUAACAAUUUAAUAUUUUAUUUCAAGAGUAUACACUGGUUUAUAAAGUUCAAGUCUAUGAUAGUCUUUCAUUUCAAUGCCUUUCAGAAGUUUUAAUUAAAAAAUUUUUAAAUUGAAGAAUGGUUGGCAUACAAUAUUAAUUUUAGGUAUAUAACAUAGUAAUUUGAUAUUUUAUAUACAUUAAAAAAUGAUCACUGUAAUGAGUCUAGUUACCAUUUGUCACCGUGAAUAGUUAUUACAAUAUUAUUGACUAUAUUCUCUAUGCUAUACUUUAUAUCCCCAUGACUUAUUUAUUUUAUAACAGGAAGUUUGUACUUCUUAAUCCCUUCCACCUGUUUCAUUCAUUUUCCUACCCCUUCCCCUCUGCCAACCACCAGUUUGUUUUCUGUGUCUAAGAGUCUGUUUCUGUUUUGUUGUGUUUGUUCAUUUGCCUUAUGGAUUUUGCAUGUAAGUGAAAUCAUAUGGUAUUUGUCCUUCUGUGUCUGAUUUAUUUCACUUAGCAUCAUACCAUCAAGAUCCCUCCUUGUUGUUGCGAAUGGCAAGAUUUCAUCCUUUUUAUGGCCGAGUAAUAUUUCAUUGUAUACAUAUUACUUUCUUAAAUAUAUGACUUUUUAAAAAUUUAUUCAUGUAUUGAUGGACACAGACGGCUUCUAUACCUUGGCUAUUGUAAACAGGGCUGCGAUGAACACAGGGUGCAUAUAUCUGUUUGAAUCAGCGUUUUCAUUUUCUUCUGAUAAAUACCAAGAUGGAAUUGCUGGA